UCAUGUGUUUCUUAGUUGUCUUGAAAGCGGCUCUUUCUGCGACGCACGAGGAAGUGGUACAUAAAUUAUUCAUGUGGCGUACUAAACCAUUGAGAAAUCUAUAAUUUCAAUGAUUUUAAGACGACAACAGUGAACAGAUCAGCAAGCAGUUAGGCUAGCUACGGACAUUCUUUAUCGUUCAACCUGGUAAGAAAAAGUACCCGGGUACCUUGCCUAUCACAACUGACAGCGUUAAAGUAAUACGUGAACGCCCAGUGACUGACUUGUGACCAAUGUCGUCACCUGAGAUUGUUUCCCUGUCCUGGGGACACAUGAAGGUGAAGGGCUGCUCCUCUGCCUACAAGGACUGUAAGGUGUGGCCCGGGGGCAGCCGCGGCUGGGACUGGAGAGAGACUGGGACGGAGCAUCACCCCGGUGUGCAGCCUGCAGAUCUGGAGGAAGUGCUACAAAAAGGGGUGGAGACUCUGGUCAUUGGACGAGGCAUGAGUGAAGCAAUGCAGGUCCCGUCCUCUACUGUGGACUAUGUCAAAAAAAGAGGAGUGGAGCUGAGGGUGCUGCAAACAGAGAAGGCAGUCAAAGAAUACAACAACCUGGUUGGUCAAGGAGCCAAGGUGGGUGGAGUUUUCCACUCCACCUGCUGAUGUCCUCUCAGCAACAAGAGGACUGACCAACCCUCUUACCUGGAUUUCUCUCAAUGGCGUUUUUCAUUUUGUAGAAGUUCAUCCUGAAUCCUUUCUCAUUCAAAAAUACAGAAAUCAAUAUGGGAAAGAUGAAAAUUGUUAGUUGGCCAGCUUUCACUGCAUAUUUGUGUCCUUUCGCUGAAAUGAAGUAGUCUGCCACAAAUUUAAGAAAAUGGAUUUCAAAAAAUGUCCUAAGUUAUCCUAGAAGAGUGAGCAUGUUUGAAAUUGUAAUUAUAUGAAAUGAGUUAGACAUUCUCACCUUUUCUCUACUGAUGUCAAACAAAGUUUAUUGGGAAAAAACUCAAGCUCAGAAAAAUAAUUUUGUUAUCCAACUCCAAAUCAGAAACUCUUGCACUGACUUGGUCAAUUUCUCAUUCUUUCCCCUGUUCAGAGAUGUGAAUUUGGCAGAAAGUCAGCCACCAAGGAUAGGUUACACUUUUAUUAUUGUGCUAAUGAAAUUAAAUCUCUACCACUUAUUGGUUUGAGUAGAGGAUUUAGGAUGUACUUUUACCAGAAUGCUAAAACCCAAAGAUUUCUUCCAGCUUUUCUGCCUUCAAGGGAGCUUCCAUUCCACUGUGCUGGAUGCUUCGCGAUAUUGGCCAGGUAAACUGUUAGCAUUUUGUGGUAAAAAGGGUUGUAAAAUAAAUGUGUCAUUCAA